ACGGUCGGCUUUCUUGUUGGCUUGCGCACUCCCUUAUUUUCAAUUUAGUGCAGAUCCCGUCUCCAGUGUGCCAUUUCGUCAUUGUGUCUUCGUCAUUGGGAAACAAUUGAGUUUGAGCUAAGGGGCGCGGAAUUUCUUGGCCUUACCACGUCAUAUCAUCACCGUCCUUGCUGGAGUAGACCACAAGUGCUGUUUGAAAGGGCAAAUUGGAAUAACAACGGCGCGUUUUUGGUGUGUUGAAUGAACCUCAUUGACGACGACAAGGACUCCGGUGAUGGAGAAAACAGUUCAGUCGCAGCCAACAAAAAAUAGGAGGGAGAGCACUGCGAUGCCUUCUCUGGCAGUCACCCCAAGUACCCCAUUACCGCAAAAAAAUGCGGAUGUCAACCUUUUCGAAAAGGGCAGUAACAGUUCGUUGGAAAGCUUUGCGUCUGCAAGAAGUUCAGAAGAAAUGCCACAUAGCCCGACAGGACACGCUACUGCCUGUAGAAAGUUUCGAAAGAGUCGAAGUGAUAAUUCUCUCAAGGAGGGAAUAAAGGCAACGGCCCACGCGGUGCGGGAGGUCGCCCACGUCGCUAAGGAGGCGUUGAAGGAGGCGGUUGUAAAUCCCAUACGUGUUAGUAUGGCAUCUGGCGAUGGCCAGUCCAUACCUGCUACCGUGGGUGCGGCCACCUUCGCAGAAGAGGUCAAUCGAUCAACCUUCUCAUCAACAAUGCCGGAACCAGAUGUUCCAGAAGGGCUCAAGUCGUUACCUCGCAAAGCGUCUACUGUUACAUCAUUCAAUGCACCGGCGAAUACGCACAGGCAGUCGAUGUCGAUACCCGAUGAGGCCACUAAUCGCCGUCUCGGACGAACAAUCUCGAAACGAGGCAGUAAACCGAGUAUUGCAACCUCUACCCGAGAUGUAAAGAAAUUCGUGAAGCUCUUUCCAGAGUUGACGACAAAUGCGGAAGGCCUUAUGACCACGUAUACGUGUGCUUUGGAGCGGGAUGUCUUGUGGCAUGGAAAGCUCUACUUUACCGACGUACAUUUGUGCUUCUACGGAAAGCUAUUCGCAAAGAGUACCAAGAUUGUGGUCAAUUUUCGAGAGGUAACGGGCAUUGAAAAGAAAAAUACGGCCGGAAUGUUUCCAAACGCGAUCCGUAUCACUGUUGACCAGGACACAAAGUAUGUCUUUUCUUCAUUUCUGAAGCGGGAUGCCGCGUACGAAGAUUUGAUUCACUUGUGGAGAAACACUGUCAGCCCGUUGAGCGCUGACGAACGAGCCAUGCUCGGCCUCGUCCAUGGCCAGCGAGGAAGCUCACGGGAAUCUGAAGGGCAAAGUCAAUCAGAUGGUGCUUUGUCAGAUCACGACGACGGGUCCAUAUCUCCGCGAUCCGCUCCUGCAGUCCUUGAGGUUAUUCCAAACUUGCCGUAUGAUGACAGCCGCGCUUCUGAGGUGGCAAACCAGAGCGAGGACGCCGUAGCGGCUCAUUCUGGUGCCGCAACACCAGAACGAUAUAGGUCUCAGAUGCCACCUACAGACGUCUCUGAGGUUCGCGAAAAGUUAGUGACCCCUUCAGGAUUUGCUUCGGCUUCACACUUGGGCAAUGACCACAGUUCCCAGCAUAUACAUUCAGGGAUGCGAACUUCAACAAGUGACACAAAUCUUUUACGCCGCGCAGAUCCCGCCCCAACUCCAGCAGGGGCUUUAACUCGCCAAGGGAGAGCUCUCACGAUCGCCUCUGGAUUGGAAUUCAUUCGCAGAAUACUCCCGAAAUAUGGGGAAGAUGGGGAAGGAGAAGGAGUGGAGCCAAGUGAUCAGCUAUUGGCUCAUGAGGCACCAUCGGUGGCUGGAGCUGUUUUAGUAUCUGCGCCAAACAUAUCAAAUGAGGCGCAGAAUACUAGUUCUGCGAUGCAGACACCUGCAUUUUCCAAAGCUGCCAGUUCGCUUGGUCUCCAAGAUACGGGUAGUACUUCCAUUUCAAAGGCGAUCGCCAAUGGUGCCGCAGCUGCUGCCGCGGUCCCAACAUCAGGGGCUGGUCAGUCUCCUGCAGCAGCCGAAGGAAAAGAUAAGGAAAAGACAUUAUCCGUACAGCGACCUUCACAGGCGAUGAGUUGUAACUGCGAGACGCAUCUGGAUUCUGAAAUUGCGGAUGUCACACUGGAUCUAGAUGUGGAAGUUGUGUUUGACGCUAUCUUCUGCAAAGAAGGAUCCGAAAUUGUUAGAGAGACACAUCGGCGGAGGGAAACAGAAGAUGUCAAAUUCGGUGAGUGGGGUAUGGACGCGCAAGGACAUUUUACGACGCGAGAAAUUACAUACACCGUUUCAUUCAAGCCCCCCAUGCUCGCCAAACAAACAACAGGAUCCUUUGAAAAACAAACAGUCUUACGACAAGACCCUUUGGUCGCCUAUGUGGUGGAGUGCGCUGUGCGCACACCAAAGGCUCCAUAUGGGGAAUACUUUACCCUGAUGAGUCGCUAUUGUAUAACCCACGCAGGACCUGGAAAGACUAGAUUGAGGAUUACAAGCAAAGUCGAUUUUAACAAGCGGGUUAUGUGGAAAGCGCAAAUCGAGAACGCGACCAUCGAUGGCAUGAAGCAAUUUAGUGCUGAGUUGGUGAAUCUAAUACGGAAGAUCGGUGCCCGUGCGAAAGCUGGAGACCUGGGCAGUGCAUCGCGUGCUAGCGAAAGUUCCGGAGUGGAUUCUUCACAAGCGCGGAAGAAUUCUUUACGUAACGGCCCAAUAUCCGACCAAGGAGACCAGGUUACUUCCAGUGUCAAUGGCGAAGGAGGCGCCGAGCAAUCCCUUUACGCUCGUGUACGCCGUAUCGUGGCGCGAACUGUUGUUGCGUUGUUCCCAUCCGUUUUCAGUACUCCAAAUCCACCUCCCCUGGGAACGGAUCAUCGCGGUGCUUAUCGAAUCAGCACGGGACCAACUCGUGAAGAACGGCGGGCUGCUCUAAUGUUGGUCCUACUUUUGUUCAUGCUGGUGAUGGGCUUGGUUGCGACGGUAAUGAACGUGUUUUGGGUAGUGGAUAUUGGCAGGCGCUUGGAUAGAACAUUGACCGGAAUAGAAAAGGUGAAAAUAUUGGGAGAUGUAGAUUUAGGAGCGUUUGGUCGCUUUAGAGAUCACGAGGUAAAGCGCGAGCCUGAAGUAAAUCGAGAUCCUCGGGCGAUUCUCCUGCAUAAAACUCAUUCACAGCUUGCGCACAUGCGCACUACACUCCAUGAAGCACAACGCAGAGCGGGUGCAUUAGAAGAUCGUUUGCGAUCAAUUGGGUCCAACAUUGCUGGAGCGGUACACGAAAUCGGCGGAAUAGUGCAAGGCGAAUACGAGAAGUCUCCAGAUGGUUUAUUCACCGAAAGCUCAAAACCAUUCAAAGACCCAUUACCGUCAAGAAGUCCCAAGGAGGUGAGAGAUGGUGGACAGCAAUCGGACCGAACGCACGCGUCUAGGGCCGCUCGAAUUCUGGCUGCGUUGUUGGAUUCUGACGAGGCGGAAUUUGAUAAUAGUAAUGGUGACGACGAGGACCUCCAGCAGGAGCUUGCUCGGAUUGUGUCCCGAGCUGUAGCUGGCAAAGACAAGGUACGCGGGAACAAAGAAAAGGUCGAGAGGACACGAAGAGAUGCGCAGGUUGGGGCGGUGGAGGACGAACAAGACGUGGGACGGGAUGCGCUGCCCGACGAGGUGGCUGCUGAUGCGACGGACGCAACCACUAGUACAUGACCUUAUGAUAUUUAAUUACAAACAUGAACGCCCAUUUUCAUUGGGCCGCGGUUGGUAUUUCCGUAAAGUAUAUCGUAUCACGAUUUAAACUGAAUUCUGCCCUAAAAUCUCCAUCGGGUGAAGCCAAGAUUCCGGACCGCCGCCAAAGAUGUGUAUAUCUCUUAACCCCUACAAACUUGUGCCUACUUUGAACCAAAAAAACCCGGAAUACCCAAACUUCACGUGGCAGUAACCCAGCUCUAUAACAUUCUGGCGUUCGAGUACUCAUCCUUUCAAAUCCUUUCCAGCAGCAAUUUAUUAUCAAAGGCGGCACCAAGCGAAUGGUAUUAUUCCCAGCCGAAAUAACCAAAACGCCAUGUUCCCUGGCCAAAUCAAUAAAUAAUUGUGGGUCGACGGACCCCCUCAGCUGCAAGCCAACCAUCAAUCCGAUGCCGCGGACC